UGCUGCUGCUGCUGCAUGAGUCCACAUGUUCGCUGAACGAACGCUUGUCUUGUUGUUGUGGUGGCUGUGCGUAACAGUGAUGCUCAUGGUGUUCCUGAAGAUAAAUGUUGGUUUGUCCAUAACUGUCACGAUAAUAGUUGGAGCAGAAAGAACUACUGUAGCUGGCUGUCUUCACGUCGUCAUAGUUGUCGUUGGAACAUAGCAACGAAGAGAUAUUUAAUAUGGAUGGACGUAUGUAUUGUUUGUGCUCCUCUUUAGAUAAAUUGUCCGUGAGCAUGUUUCGCACAGAAAGCAUAAUGGAAUCAAAAAACUGAAUGAUAUUUUUGCACACACA